AUGAGCACCAUACCGCGCCCACGGCCUCCGCGGGAGCGCCUGUCCUCACUCAAAGAUGCUGGGAAGACCCGACCCGUCGGCACGCUUCCGCCACGCCAAAAACCAAAGCGUCAGACCUGCUGUUCCAAUCCCACCCCGGAAGACAUGGACGGAGUCAUGGUUUGCACCAGCUGCGGUAACGUCAUAAACGAAUCCCACAUUGUUUCCGAGGUCACCUUCGGCGAGACUUCCUCGGGAGCUGCCAUGGUGCAGGGUGGCUUUGUCGGGGACGAGCAGAGACAUGCGAACACUAUGGGCUCUUCUGCCCGCCGCUUGGGCCUGGGCGGCAGCGAUGGCAGGAGCACAGCCGAGUCGAACGGACAAGACGCAAUUAGAGGCCUGAUGACUGCACUUCGCAUGACUGGUGAGGGCCUUGAGGGCCAGGCUAUGAACAUCUACAGAUUAGCCGCAAAGGAGAGGUUCACACACGGGCGUCGCCCCAUCGUCAUCGCGGCUUGCUGCCUCUACUAUGUAUGCAGGACCAAAAGGGACAACAAAUAUCUCCUAAUCGACUUCGCCGAGAAGAUCAAGCUCAACGUCUUCAAGCUUGGAGAGACCUACAAGGAACUCCUCGGCAAGCUGUUCAUCUCAGACCCCUCGAAAAAGGAUCAGUAUGCAGCACUCGAGCCGGAACCGCUCAUCAAGAAGUACGUGGAUAAAUUGGAGUUCGGAGAGGUCGGCGGCAGAAAGGUAGCAGAGGACGCGGUGAAGAUCCUAAAACGGAUGAAGCGAGACUGGAUGGUGGAAGGAAGACAACCAGCUGGAGUUUGCGGCGCAUGUAUCAUCCUUGCUGCCCGCAUGAACAACUUCCGGCGAACUGUUCGUGAAGUUGUAUACGUAGUCAAAGUCGCCGACAUGACUAUCGCCAAGCGCCUUGUCGAAUUCAAGCGGACCCAGAGUGGCCAGCUUACCGUCAACGAAUUUCGGACGAAUUACGAUGCUCUUCCAGACGAGAGGGAGCCCCCAUCGGUGUACCAAGCGCGUGAGCGGGCAGCGAAACGGCGCAAGUUGACCAGCGCAGAGGCGGAAGCAGAAAACCUCUCGGAAUCUGGUUCUCGGCAAGCCUCUGCUGCACCGGAUCCUGCUCAAGAACCUCGCCGCGAUGCCGAUGGCUUCCUCAUCCCCACCGUUCCGGCGUCAAUGCCCAUCGACCCAAGUCUUCUUGCCGCCACAAAUCUUGCAGUGGAGGAGCUACAAGCUGUCGAAGGCUCACCUGAGAAAAAGAAGCCGGGGCGGCCGAGGAAGAAGAAAGCCCCACCCCCGCAGGUUGCCGACGAAGAUUUGGCCGUGGAACAGGAAAUCGAAGAGGAGAUUGAGAAUAUCCUCCACGACCCGGAGGUGAAUAAUGUAGAAGAUGUCAAUUUCGCUCUGGUGGAAGCACGCUCGAAGGCACUGGCCAAUCAAAUGAGAGGCGAGCAAAGAGCGCCAGAAACAGAGAUUGUUGAGGACCAUGAGUUCGACGAUGACCCAGAGGUUGCGAAUUGUCUGCUCAGUCCAGCCGAGAUCGCCAUCAAAGAGCGCAUCUGGGUCACUCAUAACCACGACUGGCUGCGCGAGCAGCAAGCCAAAAUGCUCAAAAAGGCGUUGGAAGAGGCCAAUGGUGGACCGAAGAAGAAAAAGCCGCGAAAGAAGGUGCCUCAGCUUGGUGACAUGAGCGAGUACACGCGCGAUUCGCCCAUCCACAGCGCAGCGGACGGAAUGCAGAGAAUGGUCCAGAGGCGCGGCAAAGGGUUCAGUAAGAACAUCAACUAUGAGAAGCUCAAUGCUCUCAUGGGGAAGAACGAACCGGAUGCUAGUCAGAGUUCGAGCAGCAGACCUAGCAACGCCGGGAGCCCUGCUCCAAGCGAAAUAUCAGUUGAAUACGAAGAGGAGCCGUUGGACGGCCCUCAGCGAAGUCUGGUCACUCCUCCCACCACUCAGCAAUCGCAAGGUGGCCGCCAGCAACAACAACAACAAGCCACCGUCAUUGAAGAUGACGACGAAGAAGACGAAGAAAGCGAGGUGGAAGAAGACCAUGAUGUUGAUGACACUGCAGCCGGUAUCGGCUUGGCUGGUCUGAACGCGGAGGGCGAAUUCGAGGAGGGAGACGACUGGUAUGAGUAA